AUGGUACACAGUAAAAUAUUUUUAAGGAAUCGUGCAUUAGGAUACGUCAGUAAUCACAUUCCUCUUGUGACAAGAUAUAUUAAAAGGAGAAAAGAAAGUCUUAUAGUAACGUGUGUUGGUAAUGCAUUUCACACAUACGGUUCUUUGCAUUUCGCGUUACUUACUGUAUCAGGAACACAUCCAGGUGAAAUUACAUGUCUCGCAGGAGACUCUUUCCACAUUUAUACAGCAUGUGGAAAUGAAAUAUAUGCUUGGAGAAGAGGAACAGAGUUAAAGCAUACUUACAAAGGUCAUGAAUGCCCAGUACAUAUUAUGUUAGCCUUUGGUCCUCAUUUAAUUUCUAUUGAUGAAAGCAGCAUUUUAAAAAUAUGGGAUAUUAAGACAGAAGAGUUAACAGCAGAGCUUACCUUUAGCAACAAUGUCUUUAAAAUAACAACAUUAAUCCAUCCUGCUACUUAUAUGAACAAAGUAUUACUUGGAAGUGAACAGGGUCAAUUACAACUAUGGAAUUUAAAAGUUCUAAAAUCUAUUUAUACAUUUAAAGGAUGGAAUACCCCAAUAACUGUACUUGAGCAAGCUCCUGCAAUAGAUGUUGUAGCAAUAGGAUUAAAUGAUGGUAGAAUCAUACUACACAACUUGAAAUUUGAUGAAACUGUUUUUCAAUUAGUACAAGAUUGGGGUUCUGUAAUAUCAAUUAGUUUUCGAACAGAUGAACAUCCAAUCAUGGCUACAGGAAGCUUAGAUGGUCAUAUUAUUUUUUGGAAUUUAGAAGAGCGUAAAGUAGAAAGUCAAUUACAUAAAGCUCAUUUUGCAGCUGUAACAGGUUUAAAAUAUUUGCCCAAUGAGCCACUGUUAGUAUCAUCCUCUCCUGAUAAUUCUUUGAAAUUAUGGAUAUUUGACUUAGCUGAUGGAGCUGGCAGACUUUUAAGAAUUAGAGAGGCUCAUGCAGACCCUCCUACAGCCAUUCGUUUCUAUGGAAUUGAAGGCAACAGUAUAUUAACAGCUGGAAGUGAUUCUUCUUUGAGGGUAUUUUCUACAGUUACAGAAAUGUUAAACAAAAGUCUGGGAAGAGCAUCCUUUAACAGGAAAGCUGCAAAAAGGAGAGGAAGAGCUGUUGAAGAUCCUUUGAUGAUGCCACCAAUUACUGAAUUUGCUGCAGAAAUAGCAAGAGAAAAAGAAUGGGAUAAUAUUGCGGCAACACAUUCUGGCUUGGGUACAGUUACUACAUGGUCUUUUAAUCUGGGAAAAAUGGGAGAACACAAGCUAUUUCCAGAAAAGUUUAAAGGCAACCGUAAUGUUGUGGCAAGCAGUGUGUGUUUAACAAAAUGUGGGAAUUUUGUUGUUAUUGGAUAUAAUACAGGACAUGUAGAAAGGUUUAAUAUACAAUCAGGAAUUCACAGAGCUAGUUAUGGUACAGAUAAAGGAGCACAUCAAGGUCCUGUGAAAGGUGUAAUGACAGAUCCUUUAAAUCACACUGUAAUUACUGCUGGCAGAGAUACUUUCCUGAAGUUUUGGAGGUUUACACCAAAAACAGGAGACACAGAGCCAUAUACAAAGGUGACAUUGGAUGAGCCCAUUGUAUGGUUACGGUAUCACAAUGAAAGUUCCCUUAUAGCUGUAGCACUGGAAGAUUUUACCGUUGUAUUAGUAGAUCUCGAUACUAAAAAUAUCGUUCGACGUUUUGAGGGACAUGAAUCGCGAUUGACAGAUGCAAGUUUCAGUCCUGAUUCCAGAUGGCUAAUAACAGCAUCUAUGGAUUGUACAAUUCGCACAUGGGAUAUUCCUUCUUCAAACUUAAUAGAUAUUUUUCAGGUUCCAGAAGCUUGCACAUCAUUAAAUUUUUCUCCAACUGGAGAAUUUCUUGCUACAACACAUGUGUGUAAUAUAGGCAUAUAUUUAUGGUCCAACCGCACCCUUUAUUCUUACGUUUCAUUAAAAGCAGUGAAUAAAGACGAUCCAAUUCCAAUGAUUGGUCUUCCUGGCUCAGUAAUGGAAGCUACCGAUAUUAAUGAAGACGGACUCACUGAACUAGAACCGGAAUACGUAUCUCCAGAACAACUUCAAGAAGAUCUUAUUACAAUGUCUGGUUUUGCUCACUCGAGAUGGCAAAAUCUGUUAAAUAUAGAUAUUGUAAAGAAACGAAACAAACCCAAAGCGCCACCUAAAGUACCAGAAAAUGCUCCUUUCUUUCUGCCAACGAUUCCAUCGUUAGAUUUGAAAUUUGAUUUCUCGAAUGUUAAAGAUACGCAAUCGAAAAACACAUUUAUUACUCAUCCGGAACUGCAAAAUGUAACUCCAUUUAGCAAAUCCCUUUUAUCUGUUCAUAACGACGAAUUUGAAGAAGUUAUUGAAAAAUUAAAAAUGAUGAGUCCGAGUUCUAUUGACUUUGAAAUUCAAUCACUUUCAGCGGAUGAAAAAGUGUCGAACACCUUGUUACUUUAUUUUAUGAAAAUGAUGCACUACAUGAUUAAAAAAAAGACGGAUUUUGAAUUAGCGCAAGCUUAUUUAGCUGUAUUUUUAAAAUGGCACGGAACGAUAAUAACAGAAACCGAAUCGUUAAUGAAUUACUUAGAUACAUUACAAGAAACACAGGCGGAAAAUUGGUUUGUGUUACGAGAGAAAUUAUUUUAUAAUCUUAGCGUUGUACAAACUUUGAAAAACAUGUAA